AUGGAGAGAAGAAGCAGAGAACGGAACGAUGGCGGAGAGAGAGCUGCAGCAGCGAUGCGUGAGGUCACUUGGCGAUCAUCGAUAGGACAAGUGCGCCCACUAGACUGCUCGGCGGUAGCAUCUCCGGGGAGAUCUCAAAGCCUUGCGUGGCGAAUCAGCAGGAGAGGUAGUUUCGGACUUCAUCGCGCUGCCAAAUUCUGUUGCGCAAGCUUUGUUCGUUGCAUACUUGUGGAAAUUCAAGGGAUGGGCACUCGCAGGUCAAACUCGUCUGCAGCUUCGGACCUACGUUACAGAUGUCGUAACCAAAACCUGGACGGGUUACGUACAAACGGAAGCGAGGCUAGCUUCCAAAACGGACACAGUAAAUCCGGCAUGUACUGCGAGCUUUCUUACCUACCGUUGGUCAGCCGAUUCGUUAAAAGAUCUGCACAUUCAUGCUGGUGCAGUUUGGCUCACUUUAAGCGGCAAUCAUCAAUGGACGAUCUCUCGGCCACUGAAGGCCCUGUGGCUUGCUACUUUCGGUGCCACUUUUUGGACGAGCUACGUAUUCGGGUCGGCAUUCUGAGAGGAUAAAGCAACCACUCUUGGCCGGUUUCUCCCACCAGUUUUUGACUUGUCCUUCAGGAUGUCCGUCUAACGACGAGCUGCUUUGUUCAGAUCCCCAUCAUUCUUAAUGAUAUGAGGACCCCACUCUCUGUCCUGCCGAGCUCCUUUCCGCUCUG